AUGUAUGAAAAGAGUCAUGUAAGAUUCGAUGUCGGCGUGGUCUUCGGCCAAAGCUUCUUCUUCGACGUCCCACGCACACUCUCCGACGCAGUCUCAGAAGGAUGGGUGCAACAAACCCAGGCUGACGGCCUCCCCGUCACCUCUGUCUCCAUGUACUGCUAUUCUGACAACAUCGUCUGCAACUUCUACGAUAGCGACGGCGAUGUAGCUGGUUGCUGUAAGUUGUCCUUAAUGAUAUCCGUCCUGCCUAAGGACAAGUUCACCCCGCACUUCGAUAAUAUGGAGGACUUUGGCUUCACGACUUGGACCGUGGACGGUGCCGAAUACUGGACCCUGCAGCAGUACUUCACCACUGAAGAAAUCCUCUCUAGCCGUGCCAAUCGUGCCAACGAGAACAAGAUUACCGAGAAUGGCGGCGUGUGGGUCGUGGGACCCUACAAGGAGGUUGUUCAGAUCUCCAACUCGACCAGCGCGAUCAUUGAUGAAGGUCUCUUCACCAGACAAGCCUGCAUUCCCUGGAUGGGUCGCCACUACUACUACAAGAUGACCCCCGAGUUGAGCUGCACCGACGAGCCCAUGUUCCCGUGGUUCCCCCUCGUGGAGUCCGGAGAGCUCGUCGCCACAGGCUUCGUGGUCCCCGCCACGCUCAAUCUCGACAGCGGCGCGAGGGACUGGCCGCGUAGCCAAGAUGCCGGCUGGUUCGAGCACCCCAACGAGAUUGCUGUCAAGGCGAUCGUACCCGAUGGCCCCCAGUGCCUGUACGACUUGGCCGCCAGCCCCGGACUCGUCACCAUGCAUAUCUACUACAUCGACCAGCCCUGGCUGAUUUCCUGCAUCUUCCAGUAAACCUCCAGCACACCGACAUCCUCCAGACUGAGCAUAGUAGCGCUAAAGUUGUAUCCAGACGAGACAAUUUUUCGCCAAUCUGAUGAAAUUCUCCGAUCGAACCGGGCCGUGCGGACGCAAAUACCAAUUUGAUUCCCCGAUCACAUCAGCAGGUGCGGAGACAAGAAUGCCAAUUUUCCAAGUAGAAUGCAAAUUGGUGAUUUAAUUUGUGUACGUGUGGACACUAGAUGAGAUUGACCAAUUAUUUUCCUGAACAAAUCGACUGAUUUCGUCAGUCCCGUCUGGAUACCCCUUAAUUUUACUCCAUUUUCGAGUCAAGUGUCUUUGUGUGACGCCCAUGUCUUUGAACGGACCAAUCACGGCACGGGACUCGCUCACCUCGUCCCCCGCACCCCUGUAUUUUUGGCAGCAUCGGUUUCAUGAAAUAAUUGCUCUAAGCUCCGUCUAGAGGAUUCCUAGUCUAUGCAGUAAACUGACAUCGGCUAUAACCGCGAAAAUCGAAGUUUACAAAUAGCGGGAAUCGUUCUCCGUCACUCUAAUUACGCCUUCAUUGGAGUAAAAGAGACAGAUAUAGCAAUUUACGAAUUUCAGUCUUCGCGGUAGACCCUCAGGCCCGGGUCAUAAGAGCAAAAUAAAUUAUUACCUUUAA